CUGCUCACUUGUCAUAGUUGUCUUCAAGCUGAGUCUUUUUCCCUCCAAUUUUUUCUUUUUCAAUACCUUUUCAUGCCAACUGUUUUCCUCCUUUUUUCUGACCUGAGAUGAGAAACUGAACUUUUUCUGCUUCUCUGGUUCAAGUAAUUUUUCACUUUUUCUUUUUUCUUUCUUGUCAACAUAUAUAGCUCCCUAUAUAACUACUCUCUUCUCCUUUCAUUUCAUUGUCUAUUAUCACCUUCAUUCCCCACUCACUCACACUUGCUUGUCUCUCUCUUUCAAAACAAACAUAUACACAUACAACAACACAAUAAGCCUUGAACUAUAUAGCCAUAUAUAGCUAUAUAUACACACUUGUUCAAACCUCUAACUUGUUGUACCAACCAUAACAGUCUUAUUCCCAUGGCAGAACAUUAUUCCAAAUUCUUCUUUCUCUUCUUCAUAUUCUCUCUUUAUUGCAUUCUUUUAUCUUCUGAAGCUGCUCCUUCAGGCUCUCUUGUCACAAAACUUCCUGGCUUUACUGGUACUUUUCCAUCCAAACACUACUCAGGAUACAUAAACAUAGAUGGGAAUCCAAGUGGGAAAAAUCUCUUCUAUUACUUUGUUUCUUCUGAGAGAAACCCAACAAGUGAUCCAGUAGUUUUGUGGUUAAAUGGAGGACCUGGUUGCUCUAGCUUUGAUGCUUUUGUGUAUGAACAUGGACCAUUCAGCUUUGAAGAGGGAAAGCCAAAAGGAAGCUUACCCAAGUUACAUCUAAAUCCAUUUAGUUGGUCAAAGGUUUCAAAUAUUAUAUAUUUGGAUUCUCCAACUGGUGUUGGCUUUUCUUAUUCCAAAGAUCCAACCAAAUACAUAACUGGAGAUCUACAAACUGCUUCUGAUACACACACUUUCCUCCUCAAGUGGUUUAAGCAAUUCCCAGAGUUCAUUUCAAACCCAUUUUACAUUGCUGGAGAGUCUUUUGCUGGAAUAUAUGUGCCCACACUUGCUUCUGAAGUUGCAAAAGGAAUAAAAAAUGGGAACAAACCAGUCAUCAAUUUUAAGGGUUACAUGGUUGGAAAUGGAGUGACUGACCCAAAUUUUGAUGGCAAUGCUCUUGUCCCAUUUGCCCAUGGUAUGGCCCUCAUCUCAGAUGAUAUCUAUGAGGCAGCCAGAGCUGCUUGUAAAGGAAAUUACCAUGCUAACUAUGAUGAACCCAUUUGCAGACAGAAACUUGAGAGAGUAAGCCAGGCUCUUGAUGGACUAAACAUAUACGAUAUAUUGGAGCCAUGUUACCAUAGUCCAGACACUGCUAAACAAAAUGCCAAAGGAAACUCAAGCUUACCCCUAAGUUUCCAGCAACUGGGGAUGACUGAUAAGCCUCUCCCAGUUAGAAAAAGGAUAUUUGGCCGAGCUUGGCCUUUCGAGGCACCAGUAAGAGAUGGCAUUGUCCCUUUGUGGCCCCAACUCGCUGCCUCUUCUGCUGUUACUACUUCAAGUAUCACAGUUCCAUGUUUUGAUGAUAAAGUUGCAACAGCAUGGCUGAAUGACAAAGCAGUAAGGGAAGCAAUACAUGCAGCACCAGAAAGUGUGAGUGGUGCUUGGGAUUUAUGUACAAGCAGAAUAAGCUACGAUCAUGAUGCUGGAAGUAUGAUCCCUUACCACAAAAACCUCACAAUGCAAGGUUACCAAGCCCUCAUUUUCAGUGGAGACCAUGAUAUGUGUGUGCCAUUUACUGGAAGCCAGGCAUGGACAAGAUCAAUUGGAUAUAAGAUUAUAGAUGAGUGGAGGCCUUGGAUUUCCAAUUCUCAAGUUGCAGGAUACUUACAAGGGUAUGACCACAACCUCACAUUCCUCACCAUCAAGGGAGCAGGGCAUACUGUUCCUGAAUACAAGCCCCUUGAGGCUUUGGACUUCUUUAGCCGUUGGUUGGAGGGAAAACCCAUAUGAAACAAUUAUUAUUUGUCCCCAAAAAAAAUGACAGAAUUGAAGAAGCAUAUUUUAUCUCUCCAAGUACAUUUUUUUUAUCAUAUUUUUCCUAUGAAAGAAAUUCAAGGCAACUAAUCCAAUAAACAGCUUCAAUUUAUAGGCCAAAUAGAAAAGAAUCUUAUCUUCAAACUGUAAGUUGUAAUUUUUUUUUGACCUGUUCAAGAAUGCCAUGGCCAAUGGAUUAAUGAUAAUGUUUUGGUAUUCAUAGCUAUAUAUAUAGAUUCUUACCACUA